UUUAAUAUGAACUUAUUCUAUUUUCAUUAUCGUGUCACAAUUUUCUCCUACAUUCCUUUCUCAUCAAAGCUCAAAGCUCGUUACGGUUGAAGGCUCGCUGCAGGUCGAAGGCUUGCCGCCGUCGAAAUCUCGCCCCGUAGAAGGUUUUGCCGCACUCUGCCGUCGCCGAACCGUUGAGGGGCUGAGAAUACUUCUACUUUAUCUGGAAAGAGAAGGAAAGGGAUAUCUGCAACCAAAGAGCAGAUACGCAGUCCACUUUGAGUUCAUUUUUAUCUGUCUUAUGCAAGGCAAUGCAGGGGAUGCAUACCAGCUUGCUUUAUGUGCACACGAAGAAAGAGUUUAGUUACUAAUCUAAACUGAACAAAACCUUUGUUUGGAGAAUUACCUUCGAACCAUGCUGGCAGCGAUUCGGAGAAUGACGACAGUGGCAGGAGAAACUGCGCGCAUCACCAGAUUCUCUCUUCAUGCUCCAAAACACGUAGAGGUGGAAUUUGGCGAUGGUAGAAUGUUCAAGCUAUCUGCUGAAUUUCUCAGAAUAAAUAGUCCCGCAGUUGAUGGGAAGAUUAGGUCAAUUGGAGGUGAAAAGGUGAUAUCUGGGAGGCGCCACGUAGGAAUCAUGUCUGCAGAACCAGUGGGAAACUAUGGGGUGAGGUUCAAUUUUGAUGACUUGCAUAAGACUGGUAUUUAUUCAUGGGACUACUUUUAUCAUCUGGGGAGUAACAAGUUUACCCUUAUGAGAAAUUACAUUAAAACUUUGAAGAAACAUGGGCUUAGUAGGGAUCCAAGAGGAAGGAAGUGAUGCAGACUUCAGUUUAAUCACCCAAAUAUCAGUUUGAGAUUUGGUGUCAAAUAUCAACAUGGCACUCUGAUAGCUUCAUUUGUUGAAAGUGAAACCUGUAAUGUUGAAGGGUUUGAGUUGAAUGAAUGGUAAAUUAUGGAUAUCAAUACUAUUGGAGAAGAGAGGGGAAUAAAGGAAGGUUUUGCAUCCUUUCCGAAUUUUUUUUUUAUGAGGAAAGGAUAAUAUAAUUGUCUGCGAAGGCAGUUCUGUAUU